AUGACGGGAGCUUUUCGCAGGCAUUUGAACCGAUAUCAUGAAGAUGAGUUCUAUGAUGCAUUAAUCACAGGCUUCACAAAGAAUGAAGUGGACUUCUUUGAGUUACCAAAUUGGACUCCGGAAGACUUCAAUCAACUCCGUCGGGCCGGCAAUGUCUCGCAGCAAGGGAUUUAUGUCGACGCUCAAGCUGAUGGAGAGAACAAUUGGCAGGGAGGAUACUGCGGCUCCUCCAAGAAUAUACGGAAUCGAGACAAAGCACAUAGAAAUCUGGCGCGGAAAGAAGACUCCAAAGGGUUUUAUUACAAAAACCUCCGCAAGUUUGGAACCACAGGGAAUCGACGAAUGAUCGCCGCAUUCUCUCCGGAAUUGCCAACCCGCUUCAAUUAUGUUUUGGAAGGCAUUAUCAGUGCUUGGUUCGGAAUGUUCCAGGAGCCAUCAUCUGGCGACCAAUAUCACUCACCAUCUGCCAUGGAAUUGAUCAAGAGAAUCCGCGCGAGUGUGGAUCUUGCUCCUGCACCCAAGUGGGUAGGACUGAACAAAGCAUGGCAGUUACUCCAAGGCUCGGUUUUCAACCCUCCUUUUACAGGUGCUGUCCCUUGUUCCAUGUGUACAAGAUUAGCCGAGCCUGGUGAAAGAAUUCGCUGGAAGCUGGAGUGGGGUGAGCAGUUCACAAAGAAGAACUGGUUAUGCAGGACUUGCUACAGGCGGGAAAAGCUCAAGUUCGAAAAGAACAAUACCAGUCAUGAGCCAGUUGUUGAGGCUCCUCCUAAUUGUUCUUGCUGCAAAAUUUUGAUAAAUACUGGGAACCACCGAUGUCGCUGGAACAUAAAAUGGGGUGACCAGUUUACCAAAGAUGACUGGUUAUGCAAGCCUUGCUACAGGCGGGAAAAGCGCAAGUUCGAAAAGAGCAAAACCAGUCCUAAGCCAGUCCAGGAUACUUAUUGUGUUUUCUGCUCAAUUUUGGCGAAGCCUGGGGAUCGAUGUCGCUGGAAGGCAGAAUGGGGCAAUAAGUUUACCAAAGAUGACUGGUUAUGUAUCAAAUGCUGGCAACGAGAACUCAUUAAGUUCAAAAAGAGCAAAACCAGUCAUAAGCCAGUCCAGGAAGUCCAGGAAGUCCAGGAAGUCCAGGAAGUCCAGGAAGUCCAGGAAGUCCAGGAAGGCCAGGAAGUCCAGGAUACUUAUGGUGUAUGCUGCAAAAAUUUGGCGAAGUCUGGAAACCGAGGUCUCUGGAAGGCCGACUGGGGUGACCAGUUCACAGAGGAUGACUGGUUAUGCAAAGGUUGCUGGCAUCGGGAAUGGCGCAAGUUCCAAAAGAACAAUACCAGUCAUGAGAUCCAGGAUACUUAUUGUGUAUGCUGCAAAAAUUUGGCGAAGUCUGGGAACCGAGGUCUCUGGAAGGCCGACUGGGGUGACCAGUUCACAGAGGAUGACUGGUUAUGCAACAAAUGCUGGCAAAAGGAAAAGCGCAAGUUCGAAAAGAGCAAAACCAGUCAUAAUCCAGUCCAGGAUAUUAAUUGUGUUUGCUGCAAAAAACUGAUAAAUACUGGGAACCACCGAGGUCUCUGGAAGGCAAAGUGGGGCAAUCAGUAUACAGAGGAUGACUGGUUAUGCCAUAGCUGCUGGCAACGGGAACAGCGCAAGUUCCAAAGGAACAAUACCAGCUAG